AUCUACAAAAUAAAUCUUAUUAUUAAUAACUAUUGCUAUCUUUUUAUUUUUAGAACCAUAUUGAUGUGCAACUUGCAGUUUCCUCCAGUGUAAACUGUAUAUUUCACCUCUUGCAUCAGCCAAUCCACUUUGAUUACAUGUUUCCUAAGGACUUCAUCUUCUACUUUAAUUUGGCUUAUACAAACUAUAGCAAUGAAUCUGUGGAGAAAAAUGCUCAUUUAGUUAUGAUUCGUUAUUUACAUGAAUUGAAAAAGGUCCCAAUUGAGACUGUAGCAGAGCAAGUGGAACAAUUUGUAAAACUUGGAGAUUUUAAAGCAGAAAUGAGUGGUAUAACCAAUUUGUCCAGUGUUUUUGAGCACACUGCUAGAGCAUUCUCUAAGCAUUGUGAAUUAUAUUUUAAAGUAGGAGAAAUUUCGGAAUUGUUCCAUGUGACUCUUCUAUUAAUUUCUAUUGGUGUUAAGAUUAAUAAUUUUUCUGAUAAGAAAUUGGCAAAGAAGUAUGACCAUAUUUGGAACAAGAAAUUUAAUGAUUAUUACAGGUCUGGUUUCAAUCAGAAUGACUUGCUUUGCCUAGAAAAAGGACUGAAAGCAAUGACAACAAUACUUGAAAGCACUCCACAUUUAAUGUCUGAAUGGAAAGAUUUUAAUUUCAUUUUAUCUAGCAAAGUUCACAGUUUUGAAGUUAUGAAGAAAUUUAUUACUCAAAGUGUGAAGUAUCUGAUAAGAUCAGGAGAAGAUGUUUCAUUUAGAAUUGAUUUUCUGCAGCCAUUGACAGAUAUGUGCUUAGUUGCUUCACGCAGGAAAAAGAUGGCAAGUCAUUUCAGUGUUGAUACUAAUAAUGUAAUAAAAGAAGGAAAAAAAUUUUUAGCAUGCCUGAUUUCAUUAAUUGAUGAGCAAAAGUGGAACGGAUAUGACUACUAUACAAUACUUGAGAAUUGGAUGAAAAUCAUUUUUAAUCUGAUUGAUCUAUCAGAAGAAUCACACAAAUCUCAAUUAUUUCAAUGGAUACAUGAGGGACAAAUCAAUUCAAGCUACUUUGACUAUGAAUAUAGUUUUAACAAAGAAUAUUACAAGUCUGGUUUCAAUCAGGUUGAGUUGCGUUGUCUAGAGGAAGGAUCAAAAGCAAUGACAAUAAUACUGGAAGGCUCUCCACAUUUAAUGGCUCGAUGGAAAGAUUUUUAUGUCAUUUUUUCUAGCAAAGAUCACACUUUUGAAACCAUGAAGGAAUUUAUUACUCAUGUGAAGUAUCUUAUAAAAUCAGGAAAAGAUGGUUCGUUUAGAAUAGAUUUUCUGCAACCAUUGACAGAUAUGUGCUUGAAUGCUUCGCACAAGAAAAAGAUGGCAAGUCAUUUUAGUGUUGAUGCUAAUAAUGUAAUAAAAGAAGGAAAAGAAUUUUUAACAUGCCUUAUUUUGUUAAUUGAUGAACAAAAGUUGAACGGACAUGACUACUCUACAAUACUUGAGAAUUGGAUGAGAAUCAUUUUUAAUCUAAUUAAUCUAUCAGAACAAUUAGACGAAUCACAGUUAUUGCAAUGGAUACGUGAGGGACAGAUCAAUUCAAGCUACUUUGACUAUGAAUAUAGUUUUAACAAAAAAUUGGAAGAUUUCCUGUUAAGGUCUCAAAAUUUGUCAGCCGAAUCAUUAGUUAGCAUUUUAAGUGCAGUAUCAAGUAAACAUUUUGACAAUGCUAAGGUUAUUAUUCAUUUUCAAGAUAAUUUAUGCAUUCAGUAUUAUUCAUAAUAACCUGAGGAAAUGAUCAGAA